AUGACGCCGCCGAUCCCGCGUCCGUGGACCAAGGACCCGCUGGCUGCGCCGGGAGACACGCAUGUGCGCUUCGGCAAGAUGCCGCUGCCGUCGCCGUCGGUGGUGCACUCGACGCCCGGCUUCUACGCCGACGCGGCCGAGGCAGCGCGCGAGCUGCUCGUUGCCUCGCACUUCUACCACAUCUUCUUCAAUCUCAAGGGCUUCCACAACCACCUGUCGCACCACGUGCUGGCGGCGCUCGCCAUGGGCGUGCCGGCGCACUUCUUUGCCGUCAUCUACGAGCACUCGCUCGCCACGACGCUCGACCCGAGCUUCAAGCUCAACCGCAAGCCCUCGACGUCGGAGUCCAAGCCGGAUCUGCAGCCCAUCACGGAGGACAACUGGACGGAGCGCCUCGGCCGCAUGGAGGCGUACUGGCCCUACGUCUCGUUCCUGACCGAUCAGCUGGAGCAGCACGGCAUCGGCGCGACGCUCGAGCGCUUCGUCUUUUCCGAGGAGGCCAACCGGCCGGGCGUCGAGAUGGCAGGCCGCUGGGUCGGCGGUCUGCUGCAUCCGCUGAUUCACUGCGGCUACGGCGCCGAGUUUGACCUGCUUCCGGUCGUCGCCGAGGGUCUUGCCAUGGCAGCCAUCACCGAGAACUACUCGUCGGCGAUGAUGCCCGGUGGCUGGGAUGCCAACUUCCCGAGCGAGCCCAGCGCCACGCCCUCGCCGGACCCGUCGCUCUCACUCUUCUCCAUCACGACACUCAUGGCGCUCGACGAUCGGCUGGCGCCCGGCACGGCGACGAAGCACAAGGGCCAGAACCUGCGCGAGACGGUGCUUGGCGAUGCCGGCAAGCUGAUCCUCGACGAGUACGCGGCGCGCUUCGUCAUCACGGCGCACGAUGUUGCGCCGCCCGACUUUGCCGGACGCGGCGGCUGGAACAAGAAGAUCAACGAGCUCGCCUGGUUCACCACUGCGCUGCUCGGUGCCACGUCGCGGCCCGGCUACAAGACGAAGAAGCACGACUUCCUGCUGGUCCACGUGCUGAACAGCACCAUCUUCCUCCCCGCGCUCUUCGCCGUCCUCACUCCGCUGUCCCGCGCGCGCCUGCUGCACGUCUUCACUCGCGCUGCACUCAUCUACUGGGUCGCACAGGGCCGCGCGCCACUGCACGUCGCAGGCACUCUGAACGCAACGAGCGACCGGCUCCCGCCCUCGGCGCCGUCGCAGGUGCAGCCUGAGGCCAAGGAGAUGCUCAACGACGUCGGCGGCGACCCGUGGGGCCCGCUGUACGACGUCGCAUCCUACCACCUCGACGAGCAUCUCGUCAAGGCCGUGCGCACGCUGUCAUGGCACUCGAGCCGCCUGCGCCACGUCGCCGCGGGCAGCCUGAAGCUCGACGACGAGGCGCAAAAGGCCCUCGAUGCCAAGGCAAAGGAAACUGGACGCCCGGCCAGCGAGCUGGGUGCGUGGCGGGACCUCGACCAGCUCGACGGCUCGGCCUUCGCUCGGACGGCGGUGCAGCUCUUCGAGAGCAUUGGCAUGGUGUUCGAAGGCGACAACAAGUGGUCCUACGGCGGCCCCGGCUUCGACGAGGAGUGGCCCGAGUCCGACAAGGUCGCUAAAUAA